AUGGAUCCGGGUUGGCCGAGGCCUCCCCAGGCCAACCAUGAAAACCGGUUUCACUACCCUCAAUACAAGAACCAACAACAAACGGCUGACUAUGCUCAACCCUCACAAUAUCAGCAGUAUCAACAAUAUCAAGCGUUCCCUCCACAUCCGUCCGUUCGAGUGCCACCAAAUGUCAAGCUGAGUGCCAGACAAGUGCCUGCCGGUGUAGGUGUGGCACCUCCUCCAGUCAAAUAUAAUGGCAGGGAACGUCAACCAAAACCUUCAGGAAGUGGGAUGCUGAUACAAGACUUCAAGUUCCCAGCGGCACCUCCCGUUCCCGCAUCUGGUUCAGGAAGAGUAAAACAAGAACCGUGGCAAUCACCCGGCCGGAAAUACAACAUGCACGAAUCUUACAUGUCCUCCGUAUUGGAUGAUUUUGCUACCCCUAGGACGACACCCAGCUCAAGAUCACGAGGUUUCCCAACUUCGCGAAGAUUCUCGGGCUCUGUAUAUGCAGAGAGUGAAGCUCUUGUUCCCGAUGAACGUUUUGAUCCCGAUCCUCCCAGUCCUGAGAGAAGUCCGUCCAGCUCUUCUGACACGAGUCCACAAAUUGUUCGUCAAGCAAGUUUAGGAAAACGAGCAAAACCUGCCAUGACCACUAUCAAAAAUCGCACCAGUCAGCUUGACCAGGACAUCCCCGAACAUCGCCCGGCCCCCAUUCAAACGAGUCGAAGCGCAACGAUGACCGCACUCAGCGCGGCCGUGGCGGUGGGCAUGAGCAGUCAACCUGUUGAAGUCCGAUCUGGCACACCAGGAUCACAAAGUUUUACACCGGUCAGAAUGCCGUUUGAUACAUCUCCUCCCGCCUCUCCCUCCGCCGAUAGGGAAUUUCUUCAAACUCCCAAGUCCCCCAAUACCAUCGCAUCAACCAAACUCGCCGCCCAAACACCGAGCUCAAGGCUUUCUCUCAAGUCUAUGAAUCCUCUCCUGGGACUGGGAAUCGAGCAGCCUGCAAUGAGCGACAAAAUUCCUGAAAGCCGGCGACCACCGAGGCUGGAUAUGGAUGCGGUAAGAGAAGCCGAAAAUCGUGGCAGUACAACAAGUCUAGCAGACUUGAUCAGACGAGCGACUAAAUUAGCAGCGAAUCUGGACAGAGGCAAAACAGCAAGCCGGCUAGGUAUGCUGGACAUGUUCGGAAGCACUGACAAGUUAGGCGGAAUGAAUCGUCACUCCACCAUGUCUGACAUGAUAUCAGCCUUCCCAGCGCCAGCAGUUGGCGGAACUCCAACCAAUCGGAGAGACGGAGCCUGGCCCCUCCCUGAGAAGAACGAUGUAUAUGCCUCGACAACAGAUCUUUCCAAAGAUCCAACCAAACAGAAACGACGACAGUGCUGUGGAUUAUCAUUGCCAAUUUUCAUCGCCAUAAUUGUUGUCGUCAUCAUCCUUGUUGCGGCUGCUGUAUUAAUACCUAUCUUUUUAAUCCUUGUACCAAGACAAAAUGACGACGACGUCAAUCUUAGCAAUUGUGCAGCCAGCUAUCCUUGUCAAAAUGGUGGGAGUAGCAUUGUGAGUAACAAUACCUGUGUCUGUGUGUGCUCAAACGGGUUCACGGGAAGUCAAUGCGAAACGUCUGGCAAUGCAGACGACUGCAUGACCGCGACACUGAACGAUGGUUCAAACGAAUACAAAAAUGCCACGAUCGGUCGGUCCAUAAUGCCUCCCCUAUCGGAUGCACAAACUCGAUUCGAUAUACCUCUCAAUACUUCGACAAUCCUAUCUCUGUUUUCCUCCAACAAUCUUUCAUGUACGAGCGAGAACUCUCUUGUGGAUUUCAACUCCAGCGUUCUUGAUCAGGGAACGAAGAGGAAACGCUUCGUCGUGUUACCUAGUUUUGAACCCUCUGAGAACAGCCAACCUCCUGCCAUUCAUGGCAAACCUCUCCCUCCCGUCGUGAGCAAACGAGCCGAACCAGACUGUGAGCUGCGCCUGGAACGAAGACAAGAUGGAGUCACCAUCGGCACAUCCAACGGGAUCGUCUUCCAGGCGACGUCCGCCACUGUAGGUCCGGUCUCUCCCCCCAGUACAUCUGUCGACGCAGAUGUAUCCACCAUCACCAGUAUAAGCGGAACGUCGACCUCGGCUGCAAACAGUUCUGGUACAGCAUCUCCUACCGCGAGCAGCACCAGCAGCAGCAACGACACCCGGAGUGUUACGGAUCAAGAGCUCGAAUUCGCCAAGGUCGUCGUCCUCUUCGUGCUGCAAGAAUCCCACGCCAUCAGCGUCGCCAUCAACGCGCAGCAGCAAAUGGAAUACUUCUUCGCGGUACAGGAGAAGGGCACGAGUUCCAACGCGACCGUCGAUGUCGGCUUCGGUGACCUGCAAUUGACGGCUAAUUUUGACGAAUUCAGUAUCACGAAGGGUGAUGACGAAAUUAUUGGUGGGAAAAGCGGGUGA